CUCGCGGAGGGGGCGGGCCGGGGGCGGUGGCCCGGCGGGGAGCGCUCAGCCUCUGAGGUACGGGCGUUUAGAGCGCGCCCGCUCGGCUGGAGGCAGGUGCGGAGAGGCGUGGGGGUCGGGAUGCCAGGGCCGCCCACAGUCGCGGAGCAGACGCGCCCGGAGCAGAGCGCGCCGGACGCGCGGCGCGCAGGCUUCGUGCUGGGGCUGGACGUGGGCAGCUCGGUGAUUCGCUGCCACGUCUAUGACCGCGCGGCGCGGAUCCGCGGCUCCAGUGCUCAGAAGGUAAAAAGUCUUUAUCCUCAAGCUGGCUGGGUUGAAAUUGAUCCUGAUAUUCUCUGGCUUCAGUUUGUUGCUGUAAUAAAAGAAUCUGUCAAAGCUGCAGGACUAGAGAUGAAUCAAAUUGUCGGUCUUGGCAUCUCAACACAGAGAGCAACUUUUAUUACGUGGGACAAGAAAACGGGAAAGCAUUUCCACAACUUCAUUAGUUGGCAAGACCUAAGAGCUAUUGAACUUGUAAAAUCUUGGAAUAGUUCUCUUUUAAUGAAGCUCAUACACAGCUCCUGCCGAGUGCUGCACUUUUUCACUAGAAGUAAACGAUUUUUAGCAGCCAGUUUGUUCACUUUCACAACCCAACAUGUUUCUUUGAGAUUGGCCUGGAUUUUGCAGAACCUGGCUGAGGUGCGAAAGGCAAUUGAAGAAGAAAAUUGCUGCUUUGGGACUAUUGAUACCUGGUUGUUACAUAAACUCACAAAAGGUUCUGAAUUUGCCACAGAUUUUUCAAAUGCCAGUACAACUGGACUUUUUGACCCAUAUGAGAUGUGUUGGAGUAAGCUCAUCACCUCCCUGCUUUCAAUCCCGCUCUUUCUGCUGCCUCCCGUGAAGGAUACAAGCCACAAUUUUGGAUCAGUGGAUGAAGAGAUAUUUGGCGUGCCUAUACCAGUAGUGGCCUUGGUUGCUGACCAGCAAUCAGCCAUGUUUGGAGAAUGCUGCUUCCAGACAGGAGAUGUGAAGUUAACCAUGGGAACUGGGACAUUUUUGGAUAUUAAUACUGGAAAUAACCCUCAACAGAGUGUUGGAGGCUUUUAUCCAUUAAUUGGGUGGAAGAUUGGGCAAGAAGUGGUGUGCUUAGCUGAAGGCAAUGCAGCAGACACCGGUACUGCCAUACAGUGGGCUCAACAGUUAGGGUUUUGUUGUUGUUGUUUGUUUGUUUUUGUUUUUGCAGAUCUGUUCACAGAUGCUGCUGAAACUGAAAAAAUGGCCAGAAGUUUGGAAGAUUCUGAAGGAGUUUAUUUUGUUCCAUCUUUUAGUGGAUUGCAGGCUCCAUUAAAUGACCCCUGUGCAUGUGCCUCUUUUAUGGGUUUGAAGUCUUCCACCAAUAAAUACCACCUUGUACGAGCAAUAUUGGAGUCCAUAGCUUUCAGAAACAAACAGUUAUAUGAGGUGAUGCAGAAAGAGAUCCACAUUCCUGUAAGAAAAAUCCGAGCAGAUGGAGGAGUUUGUAAGAACAGUUUUGUCAUGCAGAUGACUUCAGACCUGAUUAAUGAGACGAUAGACAGACCCGUCCACGUUGAUAUGUCCUGCGUAGGUGCAGCUUCUCUAGCUGGCCUUGCUGUUGGGUUUUGGACUGACAAGGAGGAACUAAAGAAACUGAGGCAAAGUGAAAUAGUUUUCAAGCCACAGAAGAAAUGGCAAGAAUAUGAAAAGAAUAUGGGAAACUGGGUCAAAGCAGUGAAACGCUCCAUGAAUUGGUAUAACAAGACAUAGCACUAACGGAAUGACUGAAACCACGCAUGGCUGGUUGCUGUGAUGUGCAGAUGAGACAAAGCUCAGGGACAACAAUACGACCAUGAAUGAGAGGAGAAGACUGGAGCUGAGCUCUGCAACCGGAGAGAAAAAGCACUGCUUUUUUGAAAACAAAACAAAACUCCUCAUUGAAAAAAUUCUAAACCUUGGUAAGAUUGUAAGGCAACAAUACCUCAGAACUUUUAAAUCUUCUGUUUUGUAGCAAAUUCCAAAGGACGCUAGCUAUUUCCAACCAUGUUUUGACAGUCACGGGUCCUCCUCCUGUUUGUACUGGGCCAAUAUGAACAUAAUUGUUUACUAUCUGAGUUAAUAGUUCCGGGUCAAGGACUGUUCGUGUUUUGUUCCAAAAUGAUGUGAAAAGUGUUUCCUUAAUUCUUUAAAAUGAAGUGGGCUCUUUGAAGUCCAUAUAGUUAAAAAGAAAGAAUAACCAAGAAAAUGUGGAAUUUUGAUAUUUGAAUUUUAAUAUUUUCUAUUUAAAGCCAUAAUUGUUCAGUGUUGUAUCCAAAUGUUAGCUCAAUAUGUCUCUCUUAGAUAGGCUCAUUUGGUAGUCAAUUCUUUCCCUUAUUGGGUUUAAAGACACUGCCUUAAUUUUUCCUUGUUUAACCAAAAUCUGAGCUUUCUUUAUAUAUUGAAAAACACUGAAAAAAAUCAUUUUAGUUAAUAAAACCAAAAAGGGUAUUGAUUCAUUGGGUAUUGAUUCACAAGGAAUAGGAGAAUACUUUCCUUCUCAGAUAGCAUUCUUUCAAAAAUUUCUGGGUAAAAUAUAAAAUCUCAUUUUUUACAAAAUACACGUAGUAAAUAUAAAUCUUGCCUUUCUUCUCCUCUUCUCUAUCCUUCUUACUUGUUGAGAUGCUGGUGUAAACGUCUUUUAUUUUUAUUAAGUGCCUAGUCGACAGAGCUUAAUUUGAAGAAAGUGCCCUAAUUUAUUGCUGACUUAAGAAUUGCCUUCAUUGGGGUAUUUUGCUUGUCCAGGUAUCUUUCUUGUUUUUGUCCAAUCUACUCAUCUCUCUGAGAUUUGUACUGUGAGGUAGCUGACAGAGGGGAUGGGAGUGUAGUCAAGCUAGUGACUGCCCCUCAGCCACUGAGCCAGAGAUCCACAGAGAGGAACAGCAUGAGUCCUACAUUUUCAAACUCACUUGAUAGAAACAAGGUAGAGUAAGGUAAGAGCUAAGAGUUGUGAGUAGCUUCAGGCCAGAUGUAAACUUGUCCUAAGGCAAGUUGACCACCUUCCAACAUGUUCUCAUGUUAUUUGCCCCUCCCUGUUUUGGGGCUAGGUUCCUUUUAGAUUUGCAGCAAUAAUGUAUUUAUUUCCCUCUUGGUCAGGCUUUAUCAUAUCACAUAAAGUCCUACUGUUAUAGAACUCACUGUUAAAUAAUAAUGUAAUUAAAGAAGUGACUGUUAUAGGGAAGUUUGCUGUUACUAUCAUGUACGUCCAUUUCAGAGACAGGUAAUAGAUAUUAGACUUGGAAAUAUUUUUGUUAAGUCAAGGUGUUUUGUUUACUGUAAUAAGUCAGAUCCCCUUAUGUAGAUAACAUCUUACUUGUUUCAUUCUUUCUGUUAUUCACAUCCUUUUUUACAAAGCUUAGUGGCCAAUUAAAAGCUUUCUUAUCAAAGUCAUAUGAAAGCCACUCUGUUUUACUAUUUCUUAUAGAGUCUGCUCCUCAGUGGGUAUGAUGUCCAUAGGAAAUAAUUGUCUUUUUGUAUUAGGGUGUACUGAAUUGUGAUAUUAUUAAUACAUAAAUAUUUGUUAUUUCAUUCAUUUCCCACAUUGUUCUUUCUCAUCAUGAAACCACAAAAUAAAGGAGAAAUAUCUUUUAGAUAAUGUGGAAAAAUAACUUUGAAUAUCUUUCUACUGGAAUUGAGCAUCUCCUCAAAAAUCAGUGGCUAAUUUUUUCUUCCAUUAGUUUAGAAGUUAAUCUUCUAUUUUUAAUAUGUCUGGCCUUUUUUUUAGUAACACAGUUUACUAGAUCUUUUGUCAGAUUUGACCUAAAUCAGAAACAUGACCACAUUUGCUUUUGUGGUUGUAGAAAGUGCUGAUUAUCAGAAUCAAUUGAGCAAAAAAUUGUCCUUUCAAGUUUAUUUUUCAUACGUAUGCUAAUAAUUGAAGUUAAAAAAAUUUCUAUGCUAAUAUUUCUCAGCAUGUUUUAUUUCCUCACUAUGGGUCUAUCAGAUAAUUUUAGGAGAUCUGUAGCUAUCUUAUCAAGGAGAAUCUUCCUGUACAAUCCUUCCUAAAGUGGUACUAAAUGCUUUUAUACUAUAGACUUACUGAUUUUUAAAUUUUUUUAUAUCCAACCAUGACAUGGUUUCUCAACCUCAGCAUCAUUGACAUUUGAGGACAGAUAAUUCUUUGUUUUUGGGUGCUAUGUAUUAUAGGAUGUUUACCAGAUCCCUGACCUUUACCCACUAGCAUCCAUCUACUUAAUGAUGGCAAAAUGUCUCCAAACAUUGCUAAAUGUCCCCUGGGAGACAAAAUCACCCCCGCAGUUGAGAACCAGUGAUGUAGACUGUUGGAAGAAAAUUGAAGACUCAGUGAAUGUAGUGUGUCUAUCGUACUCCUUUUCUCUCUGCUUCAUUUUUACCUUAGGAAAUAGUUGUUAGCAAAAAGAAGUAGUAGUAUCUUAAAAUAAGUAGCGUUUCUGCUUUGCUGGUUAAUGAGGUGGGGAAAAAAUGUCAUGCUGUAAUUGUCUUCUGCUGUUUUUAUCCACCUACCCUCACCCCCAUGUCUGCAUUCUCUGUGGUCUUAAUGAGUGAAUUUAUGACUUCAGUAUGGGAUUAAUGUAGUCUCCAGAUCAUCUUUGAUUUGAUCUGCCUUUUUGUUUCCUUUUCAUCUCUGAACAAAGGAGAUGAUUACUCUUUUAUCUGCCUCUGGGCAAGCCUCCACCAAACUAGAAGUUCCCUGAAAGCAGAAAACAUGUCUGCUUCCACAGAACUUAACUCUGUGCCUUCAUAUUUGUGGGAUGAAUUUGUACUUUGUGUUUGUAAGUGCAACUUUUUUUGCAUAUACAUUUUGUCCUUGAUGUUACAUGUGUUUCUUGAUAGGGAAAUUUAUAUCAUGUUUCUCAAUUAAAAUUAAAAGCCCAAAACACACCCUGGAUCUAUCUGGUCCCAGAGUCCUCAUCUUGCAUACUCAAAUCCAGGUCAUCUGGUUCAAACCAGCCUAAAGGGGUAACUCCAGAGAAGUCAAAUAGGCCGUCAAGAAUCACAUUGUUUUUUAAAGUUUGGGAUCCUCAUAGCUGUAAGUAUUUUGGCACCAGCAUCUACUGUGAGUCACUGGUUAUUUUGUCACCAUAUUCCCAUGGGACCUUUGCCCCUAGAAGGAUGCAGGAAUGAUCAUGGGAAUGGGAAUGAUAGAGGCAGGAACCUGCAGAAUCGGAUGUUUCAGAAAUUCUCUGUUAUUCUAUUUCCAUUGUCUUUCCCCCCACUUUACAUUACAUUUGGUUUAUUAAAAUAAAAUGGAUGUGUCUGUAUAGAUACCUAUGUUGUGUAGAAAAUAAAUGAUAAGGUUUCCAAUUUAAAUGAGCCGUAUCUUUACAAGAAACCGCCAAACUGUUUUGCAGAAUAGCUGCACCAUUUUACAUUCCCACCAGCAAUGUAUGAGGGAUCCACUUUCUCCACGUUGUCACCAGCAUUUGAUGUUGUCACCGUUUUUCACGAUCGUCCACUGUGAUAAGUGUGUGGUUUUCUCAUUGUGGAUUGAAUUUGCAUUUCCCUAGUUAAUAAUGAUGUUGAACAUCUUUUCGUGUGCUCUUUUGCGAUCUGUUUAUCCUCUAGUGAAAUGUCUGUCCGUAUCUUUUGUCCAUUUGCUAAUUGGGUUGUUUGCUAAAGGAGCCAUAUCCUUAAAGGAAUAUCCUUUUUAAAAACUUAAAAAAAAAAUCAGUCCAGUGACUUAAGAAGUCAUUAAGUAGCAUUUUCAAAUCCUUCUGGGCAAAAUGUAUAUAGCAUUUGAACAUGACUUUGUAAUGUACUGAGCAGAAGAGCUCUUGUAUUUCUUACAUACUUAUUAUGUAGUGUGGUACUAACACUGUAUAAUAGCAAAAAAGUUUCAAAGACACUUUUACUUAGAAUGUUAAGUAAAGUGUACAAAUACAUGUUUUGUACAUAGGUAUCAUAAUCCUAAAAAUAUUUUUUAUUUAAAAUAAGCUGAUUUGUGUAAAUAUUUCAGAAUGAUUUUGUGGAAAAUUAAUUCAAAAUUUUCCUAUUUGUGCAAGACAGUUAAUAUAGAUUCCAAUUUGUAUGCAUCAGUAAAUUUAUAAUUUUAUUUCUCUCAUGUUCUUUAUGAAUUUCAUAGUUUUAUUAAAUGGUCAUUGAGAACAUCAUAAAUCAUUGUUAAAAAUCUAUAGAUAAAAUCAAGGAUGCAGAAUAAAAGGAAUCUUUUUCAUGUGUAUGGGAAUUUUCCCGUUACCUUUUGUCUACUUUAACUUUUGGAUUUAUUUUUAAAUUUUACCUGGAAAUUCUUAUUUAAUACCAUUUCUUGUUUUGGUUUCUGCGCAUUAAGAACGUCACAGAGAAAUAAGCAUAUGUUAACUUCGGUUGUGACUCAAGAUAAAUUUGGGCUUGUGUUUCCCUUUUAACUGGAAGAAGAAAAAAAUGAGGCUUAAUAUGGUUAGAGAAGAAAGGUUUUCUGUAACCCUGCCUCUUUAGAUCCUGUUUAGGCUUAUUCUAUAGUCUGCAUUCUUGCACAGAGGAAAUUACUAGAGAUGAGAGUUAAUUCUUUGUAGUGGAAAAAAGAUGGUACAAUCUAUUGUGAAAAUAUACUGUAUAUUUAAAUGUUUAGAAACAUUUUAAAUAACUGGAAGAAACAUACUUUCAAAUGCUAAUGUGAUGGAAUUAACCUAGCAGCUGUUAAAAUCCAUUAUGAAAAUUAUCAUUAAAGGUAUUUGGGAAAUUAUAACGCAACAGUGAGUGAUCUGUACAUACUGUGUAUUAAAGCCAUUUUUUUUUAGUGUU